AUGCAUCUUCCUCCGAGUAGCACUUACAUCAUUGGUGCUAAUUAUCCAUUUGCACCAGCCUUUAAUUAUUACUCUCUGAGUGAUAACGGAGGAGCUUUUAAUAGCAAUAAUAUUACUAAUAAUACAGAUUGUUUUCCUGUUAAAGAUGGAUAUCAUUAUAUUCCGUGGAUGUUGAACGCUUUGGGAGAAUGUAUUAGAACACCAACAGAACAAGCAAGUUUCUGGAUUGGUUUGAGUAGUAUUGGUUUUUGGUUAUUUGCAAAUUUACCACAAAUUAUUGAAAAUUAUAGAAAAUCUAAUGCCGACAGUUUGGCUCCAGCAUUCUUGUUCCAAUGGAUUUUGGGAGAUUCUCUCAAUUUAAUUGGUUCAAUUCUUGCUAAUCAAUUACCAACUCAAAUUGCUACUGCUGUUUAUUACGUUUGCAUGGAUGUAAUUUUAAUUGCUCAAUUUAUUUAUUACACAAUUAAGAAUAGGAGGAAGAAGCAAAGAGAAGAAUUGACAGGAAUUAAUGAAUCAGACCAUUUGAUUCAAGAUGACUCAAAACAAAAAUCAUACGGAAAGAUUAUGGCUUUCUCUGCCUUCUUCUUAACAGCUGGUUUUUAUUUAAUGCAAUCUCAAAUGUCAUCAGAGGGUGUUAUGAAUUCUUCAUUCAGUACUGGUAGAAAAUUAUUAUCUGAAAGCCAACAAGAUAUUGAAGAUGGUAAAUAUUGGCCUAUCUAUGGUGUUGAUAUUGCUGGUUACGUCAUUGGUUCAUUGAGUACUUGUUUGUAUUUAGGUUCUAGAAUUCCACAAAUUAUUAAGAAUUUCCAGAGAAGAUCUACCGAAGGUUUAUCACCAAUUUUGUUCAUUUGUGCCUUUUUGGGUAACUCCACUUAUGCUGGUUCUCUUUUCCUCUAUUCUGUUAGUUGGCAAUUCAUCUUGUCCAGACUCCCUUGGAUCAUUGGUAGUGCUGGUGUUUUGGUUAUGGAUUUGUUAAUUCUUUUGCAAUUCCUUUUCUUCAACGUAAUUCUUAAGAGAAAGAUUGAAGGAGGAGCAGAAGAAGGUUUUGAAAAAUUGGAAGAGGAAGAAACUUCAGAGCAAUAA